AUGCACAAAGACCCAGUUCAGCAGUGGAUAGAUACAAUACCUUCUUCAAGUCUGGCAGCCCUUCAUACGGACCCGAAGCGGAACCCCCAAAAAUCCUUAUCAAGGGACUAUUCUUUUCAAUCAGACGACGGUUCACACUGCUCCAGUGUGGAAUCUGUUUUGGAACUGCGAAAGCCCAAUCCAGAAGCUGUGCUGCUGGAACUGGGCUUUGGUCCUAGGAAAGGAUCUACUAAUGCUAACCGAAUACCUCCUAGAUUUUUACAGCCAUCAAAGAUAUUGCCACACAUAGACUUGAAUAAAUUUUUAGAAGAAUAUGGAGCUAAACCACCAGAACCACAGUAA